AUGGUACAAUCAGACGAAGAUUAUCUAGGCUCUUCUGAGACAACAGCAUCAACAUCAUAUAGCGAUGCCUCAUCUUCAUCGUCUAGAGCACAUCCAAGGGCAUCCUUGUUCUUGGAGAAUCUUGGAGAACAAGCACAUGAGGUUCCUAAUACAGAAAUAGAACUGGCAACUGUUGCCUAUGAAAGUACAAGUCGAGGUCCAGGAUUUGCUAUAUACAUCAACAAUGAAAGGUUCUCACAAAUAAUGGGAGCAUCUACAAGUUCUAGCUCCAGCUCUAGUAGUCGUUCGUCUUUAAGAACACAAUUUCACGAUACCCAGGAUAAUAAUAUACCGAGAAACACCGUAAGGCCAGCUUCGCUUCGACGAGAUAAUGAGGAACUGCCACCUUCAAGGAACGUAACUCCUUCACAGAAUGUGGCGGUACGACCAGAAAGGGUGCUGAAUUCACCUUCUUCACAAAGACUAAGUUGCGCAUUGACAAUAUCAACUUCAGUUCUCAUGGGAGAAGAUACUGAAGGAAGCCCCAUAGAGCAAGAACCUAAUAGGGUCGUGUCCUCAUUGUAUUCGUCUUUGGCGAUUCGCGGGAACGAUGAGCCAAAGAAAGGAACACCUCAGCGUCCUGCAUCAAGCGGGCCUAAUGAAACAACGGAGCACUCAUUUUUUUCAUACCAUUACGAUGAUACUUUGGAACCAGAUGUUGAAGAAGCAGUAAAAUUUACAAAAAAAAAACGGAUUUCUAAUGUUAACUAUAUCAGUUCAACUGUUGAUGAAAACCUAGACGAAUAUGAACCUGUGCACGAAGCAAAGUUUAUACCGCAUAGAUUAAAAAUCCCAGAGAAGGCUGCAUCAAUAAAAUCGUCGACAAGCGAUGAGUUACAGUCACCAGAUGCACUAUACACCUCUGCAAAAAUGAAGAAAGUUCCUCAAAGCCCAUCGUUAAUAGGAAACAUACUGAUUCCAUUACAAAGCAGUGGAAGUAGUAACGAGAAUUCGUCUUGGGACCGCAUAGAGCUCGGUCAUAAAGCUUCUUUCCAUCCCAGGUCCACGCGGCGCAACCCUUCCUCAUCAGAGGAAGAGGGCCCACCUAUUGGAUUGCCUUCCAUUCCUGUCUUAAGAAGUGUAUCAGGAUCAAGUAAAUGGGGAAGGACAGCCCUUCGCCUAGAAUCCGGAAGCUCAAGUAAAUCCGAACCAUUUUUACCGUAUAGAAAACCUAAAACGCCACCAUCAUUAAAUGAAGUGAACAGCAAUAAAAAUAAAGCAUUACCAAAACAUGGACAACCUAUUAUAUUAGCACCUAUUAAGUCGCAAAGCUCAGAUUUGCCGACUGAAGAGAAAACCAAUAUAGAAAGACCAGCCCGAAGUACACGACGAGAAAAGACUGAUAUUGGAAUAGAAGAUGGUGACAAUAUUGACAAUAUAGACCUGGAGGCAAGAAUGCCCAUUCAGCAUAUCGACACUGCAUCUAUUCAUUCUUUUGACUCGGGAAAAAAUGGAUUUAGAGACGUUUAUAGCAUUGAAAGCAUCGUUAUAGUCAUCCUGUGUUGUGCUAUGGUACCGCCGUUAUUUUUCGUCAUUGGUUGUAGUUCAAGAAGUAAGCUGAUUUCAGACUAUAGGUUGAUGAGGUUGCUCAUGAAUAAAGAACAUCGAGCGGCAUUGCUAGAAGGAUUCAUAUGGGAUGUCGAUUUGCGAUGGUUCCGAAUAUUAUGUCUCAUCUUAGGGGCCGCUGAAAUAAUGAUCGUGAUAGCCGGUGUUGCCAUUGGCUUUGGCGUAGGCAUCACAAGGGAACGAUAA